AAUUCCGGGAAGCUCGCCUUACAACUCCGCGAGCCCCGGCCCCCUGCGCCGCCAGCCCCACAACAAAACUCGGCCCGGCGCUCGGCGGAGCCCGGCUCGGAGCGACCCGCUUUCGGACCAGAGGGGACACGGACAGGGCGCGGGCCAGGACAGCAGCCGUGACAGCAGCGAGACGCGCGCGUGCGAGGGCGCCAGGCCAAGCGGCCGAGAGGCGGGUCUCCAGCCCAGAGGGCACCUUCUGCAAACAUGUCUGUGGAUCCCUUAUCCAGCAAAGCCCUGAAGAUCAAGCGCGAGCUGAGCGAGAACACGCCACACCUGUCGGACGAGGCGCUGAUGGGGCUGUCGGUGCGCGAGCUCAACAGGCACCUGCGCGGGCUCUCGGCCGAGGAGGUGACGCGGCUCAAGCAGCGGCGCCGCACGCUCAAGAACCGCGGCUACGCCGCCAGCUGCCGCGUGAAGCGCGUGUGCCAGAAGGAGGAGCUGCAGAAGCAGAAGUCGGAGCUGGAGCGCGAGGUGGACAAGCUGGCGCGCGAGAACGCCGCCAUGCGCCUGGAGCUCGACGCGCUGCGCGGCAAGUGCGAGGCGCUGCAGGGCUUCGCGCGCUCCGUGGCCGCUGCCCGCGGGCCGGCCGCGCUCGUGGCGCCCGCCAGCGUCAUCACCAUCGUCAAGUCCUCCCCCGGGCCCGGCCCGGCCCCCGCCCCCGCCUCCGCCUCGGGUCCCGCCGCCUGCUCCUAGGGCCUGCCGCGCCCCGCCCUCCCGGACCGCGCCCCGCCCCCAGGCCGUCCCAUUCCCCAAGCCACGCCCCUCCGACCCCAGCCUUCUUCCCACCAAAGUGCCUGAGCGUCGUCGAGGUCCCCGGGUCCCAUUUAUCUGCAGCCGCCAGUCCCUGUAAUGAACACAUAUUCCCUCCCUGGGCCCUUUCUCUUGCAGACCCGAAACCGGGAUCUUAUGGCCCUGCGGAGGGGCAACUUUGGUAGAUGGGGGAAUGGGGUCCAGGACCAGGGCCUCCCUUGGCUCAAAGUUCAGCCUUAGAUUGGGAGGAAUGGGAUACAGAGCCCGUUCAGAGCAGAGCUCAGUUAGGAAACUGCUCGGAUUAUGCCAAUAUACCCUCUGGACCCUCCCAGGAUUCAGGACUAGUUUGACCCUCUCUGUGACUUGUGGGCCAUCCUGCUGGGAAGAUGCACUGAAGAGACGCUUCCACCUCUGCUUUGGGCCUGGGGGUGACUGGCUUUCCAAAGCUAGAAGAGUUGUUAGAAACGAUUAGUGAAGCUCAGUUAACAGACAGGGAACCGGGCCUCCAACUACAUGACAGUGCCCCAAUUCACAUAUCACCUAGUGGUUGAGCUGGAACCAAGAGCUAGGUCUUCUCAGUGCUGCCCCAAGUAAUAGCCAUGGUUCUCAGGGGGACAGUGGGUGGAGACUUUAAAGGUGGUGGGAGGGCCUCCCUGGCCUGGGCUUUCUGCAAGGGAGAGGAAGAGAAGCAGAGGGAGAGAGAAGGUGAUAUGGAUGGAAGAGAGGGAGGGAGCUGGCCUGGCACAACCUGGGCUCUCCCUGCAGCCUGGGUGCCCUAGAUCUGGCCAGCCAAAGAGAAGGGACCAUGGAGGUGACCACUGUGGUGGGUGGAGAGAUGAGAAGACAGCCUGGGGUCCUGCAGUGGGGGUCCUUAGAAGGGUCCCACUUUGACCCCUGUGAGUAUCCACUGUGGGGUGGGGGCUGAUGACCUUCUGGAAGCCAGCCCCGGCCCUUCCCCCAGCACUGUAUACAGCUGCCCCUCCCCACUGUUUAUUUAUUGCACAAAUCUAAGUUAUUCUCCCCAGCCAGAGCCCUAGCUCCCGCUCCCUGGGAAAAGUGGCCCUGAGCUGGACUUUAUAUUUUAUAUCUGCAAAUAAAUCACAUUUUACCUUAUAUUUAGGGAAAGCCAGAUGGCAACAACAAAAAAAAUUUUUUUAAUUAAAAAAAAAUUGCCAGGCCCCCAAAUUUAUUUAUUUUCUGACUUACAGUGAGCGAGUUAUCCGCCUUCUGUAUUUUGUAGACUUCUGAAUAAAGUCAAGUCCUCUUUUUCCACAGAGCA